AUGAAUCCGAAAGAAACACCAUUUGAGUUUUACACCGAUAAUGGAGGAAGUAUUGUGGCUAUCGCUGGAGAAGAUUUUGCUGUGAUUGGAUCUGAUACAAGAUUAAGUAGUAACUAUUCUAUUUUCACUAGAAAUCAAUCGAAACUUUUUAAACUGUCUGACACUACAGUACUUGGUUGCUCAGGAUGUUGGUGUGACACCUUACAAUUGACAAAAGUCGUGAGAGCCCAAAUGCAGAUGUACUUCCAUGAUAAUAAUAAAGUUAUGGUUACUCCUGCCGUUUCUCAAAUGUUAUCCACAUUACUCUAUUACAAAAGAUUCAUGCCUUAUCUAGUUUAUAAUGUGCUAGCUGGUCUUGACGAUCAAGGAAAAGGUUGUGUUUACAGUUAUGAUCCCAUUGGACAUUGCGAAAGGAGUACUUUUAGAGCUGGUGGUUCUUCUGGAGCAUUAUUGCAACCCCUACUAGAUAACCAAUUGGGGUAUCAUAACAUGGAAAAUGUUAAAAAAGAACAACUCACAUUGGAAAAAGCUUUAUCAGUUUUAAAAGAUGUUUUUAUCGCUGCUGCUGAAAGAGAUAUUUAUACUGGGGAUUCGAUAGCCAUUUACGUUAUUAAAAAAGACGGUAUAAAGUCUGAAAAUUUCGAUUUGAGAAAAGAUUAA